AUGAAACGCAAGUGUAGUACCAAUCAAAUAAGCCAUCAUUUGAUCAAUGAAUUGAAACUACAAUUGUGUUCAAUCGGUUCCUCUCAAAAGCCAUCCUAUUUAUGGGAACUAAGUUUCGGUGAUUGCGAUCAUGUCCUCAAUGUCUGCCACGAGCUGGACAUCCAUCUCAACUCACUUAAAGUGAUUCAAAUCAAUGACAUGUUAUUUAUUGCAAACUUUGAGCAUUUAUUGCAACAUUUGACAAACUUAUUGAACGACUCAUUCAUUGCAUUCAUCGAUGUCUCGCCUGAUCUCCAGAAACCACAACUUCUUACUCAACAACAGAUCCAAUCAAAGAAAGCC